GCCAAGGAUGCUUUCAUGGUGUUUUGAUCGGUUUCCAGAUAGAGCAACCCUCUACCAGGUAACAACUAAUGCGCAAGCGAAAUGCAAGGAAAAGGUCCGCAACGGCAGGAUGGAAGAGGCUCUCCUCUGUGGCCCGUUUGAUCCUCAAGUCUGUGGGAGUUUUGGUGCCAGCUCUGGCCGUUUUCAGAUUGCUGAUACAAGAGGAACCAGUCUCCCUGCCAUGGAGUACAGAGAAUCUCUUAUUGGCCCUUCGUAACAGUACUGCUGUCUUUCAGUUGUCCUCCUCUAAUACCACCCAUAAUGAACCCCACAAGACGUACAUGGAACUGGCGGACUUGAUCCAAGAACAAGUCAAUGCUCCCCUUCCGGGUGGUCGACAACCAGCCAAUUACGAGACUUCCUAUCAACGUGCUACAGUCUACGAACGGGCUCCCUGGUUCAUGCCCCCACGCAAACUCUGCAAAGAAACCUGCUGUGUACAAGGCGUGGCCAUUUCCUUGGAACAAGACGAAACCCAACUCAUCAAUACACGAGAUGGCAUGGAAUUGGCCGACCUGGUACUCCCCUAUCAACGUGUCAACAUGGAUCAGUUGCCACCUCGACAUCAAUUUACCUAUUUUGGACGCACUUUCGAUAAGCACAUGCUACCCUGUCUGGUACCGGGAACCAUCAUUGGAGUGCAAAACCACCUGGAUCUCACGGUGGGAUUCUUUCACGAGUAUCGUCCGUUUAUCCAGGUGCCCUACCUAUUGACCGUUACAGGGACGGAUGGAGACAGUCCCCAGUUGUAUGAAGAAUACAUUGCCGAUCCACUCUUGAUCCAAUACUAUGCUACCAAUCCACGCUACGACAGAACACAUCGUCUGUUCCGCGCCCAUCGGCGCAAGAAGAUGCAUCCCAUGAACUUGGGAUUGUCGUACCUUCAUCCUCAAGAACGCUUUCUCGAGCCCUAUCUGCAACUCAACCAGUACCGCAAUCCAUUCUUGUUGGAUGACGACAAGUCCAAAUGGGAUCUUGCCAAACAUCCUUUCGAUUUUGACAAGGAUGUUUUUGUGCAGUUUAAAUUCUAUCCACAAAGGCCGCAUCGAGAGGCACUCUGGAACAGACUCUGCUCCAACAACGCGAUUGUGAAUAAAGGGAACAUUUCUUGCACCAAGGGGCGAACGGUUGGUAUGCAUCAGUUUUACAAGCAAAUGAGUCAAUAUCGAUUUGGAUUGAGUCCUCCCGGUGUGGGUUACGAUUGCUAUCGAACCUACGAGUUGCUCUUGCUGGGAGUCAUUCCCAUUAUUGAAGAACGGGCUCCCGAAAGCCAUCUCAUGUUUGAAGGACUACCUGUGAUUCAAGUGGCCAAUCUCAGCAUGGCCACGACUAUCAGCCGACAAGAGAUUGCAACAAUUAUUCAAAACUAUGUUACCAGUCCGGAGUUUCAAAAUGAUACCUUUGAAAAAGGCUGGAAACUUCUCUUUUUGCAAUACCAACGACAAGCCGUUUUGAAGGACACCAAGAGGGAUAGGGAGAUUUUGGUGGAUGAAACCACGGGGAAACAGUACUACCAAGGGUAUCGAUACUCCCUCAUUGGUCCUGGCAACAAUACACGCAACGACGAACUGAGAACCGUAAUGCGCGCCAAAUGGUUUGAUCAUCCCGAGCCCAAAUUGAACGAGGCAGAAAAGAAGUGGUUACAAGAGUGGGAACAGCUAGGAGUGAAAGGACUGAACUGA